AUGGAGCUUGGGGGGGACCCCGGGGUGGGGGCACUCCUGGGGGCCCCCCCGGGGCUCGGCGGGGACGCAGGACCCCUCCCCAACGGUUUCGGAACGGGGGGCCCCCCCAGCCCCCCCGGCAGCGCCGAAGCCGCCAUCCUCAUCAGCAACGUCUGCAGCGUGGCGGGGGGAGCCGAGGGGGGGCUCCGCCCCGACCCCCCCACCCCCCGGGGGGGGGCCCAAGCCAGCCCCCUGUGCGAGGAGCACGUCACCUGCGUCCAGAGCAUCCUGGACGAGUUCCUGCAGGCCUACGGCAGCCUCAUCCCCGUCAGCGCCGACGAGGUGGUGGAGAAGCUGGAGGACAUUUUCCAGCAGGAAUUCAGCACCCCCCAAAGGCGGGGCUCGGUGCAGCAGCUGAUGCAGUCGUACCAGCGCCUCCCCGGGAACGCGCUGCUCCGGGGCUUCCGCGUCAGCUACAAACGCCACGUCCUGACCAUGGACGACCUGCAGACCCUCUACGGCCCCAACUGGCUCAACGACCAGGUGAUGAACAUGUACGGGGACCUGGUGAUGGACGCGGUGCCUGACAAGGUCCACUUCUUCAACAGCUUUUUCUACGACAAACUGCGGACGCGCGGCUACGAGGGGGUGCAGCGCUGGACCAAGAACGUGGACAUCUGGAAGGAGCUGCUGCUGAUCCCCAUCCACCUGGAGGUCCACUGGUCCCUCGUGGCCGUCGACGUCGCCCGUCGCCGCAUCACCUACUUCGACUCCCAGCGCACCCUCAACCGCCGCUGCCCCAAGCACAUCUGCCGGUACCUGCAGGCCGAGGCCGACAAGAAGGAGCGCGCCGACUUCCGGGAGGGCUGGCGGGGCGCCUUCAAGAUGAACGUCGCCCGCCAGAACAACGACAGUGACUGCGGCGCCUUCGUGCUGCAGUACUGCAAGUUCCUGGCGCUGGGGCGGCCGUUCAGCUUCACGCAGCAGGACAUGCCGCAGCUGCGGCGGCUGAUGUACAAGGAGCUGUGUCACUGCAAACUGUCCCUCUGAG